UCCUGCGAGCCUCUCCUUGCCGCCCUCAAAGAGUGCAUUCUACGCUCGGACUGCGUCAGCAAGCAAGGUCUAUUGCCGUCGGAGUGCUUGAAGCACCAUGCUGAUGAGCUCCCUGAGGAGUGCCAGUCCCUGAGGCAGGCGACAUUUGAAUGUAAAAGAGGAAUGCUGGAUAUGCGGAAACGAUUUAGAGGGAAUAGU